AUGGCUUCAUUUCUACCUUCAAUAAGCAUCAUGUGUGUUCUUAUAGUUCAUCUAAGUUCUCAUGCAGAUUGCGGUGGUAUUCGAAUUAACUAUGGAUUAUUGGGAGACAACCUCCCUCCUCCAGAUCAAGUUGUAACCCUCUUAAAGUCAAGAAACAUUUCACGGAUUCGUCUUUUUAGCCCCGACCUCAACGUUCUCAACGCUCUACAAAACUCCGGAAUCCAAGUGAUCAUUGGAACCUUCAAUCAAGAUAUAGCCACUCUUGCAGGAGAUAUCAACUUUGCAAAAGCAUGGGUACAAACCAACAUUAUCCCAUACACACAAACCAUCACAUUCCGUUGCAUAUCCAUUGCUUUACAAUUCUUCAGUCUUGGUCGGAUUCCCGUGAGUACAGCCGUCGGGAUUUACGCACUAGCAAGUUCAUCUCCUCCUUCAACUGGAGAUUUUUCAGGUGAUGUCAAGCCUGCAAUCCAACAGAUCGCAGGUUUCUUAGCUAACAAUGGUUUCCCACUUUUGAUCACUGCGUACCCUUACUUUACUUACAUCCAUGAACCAAGUUCAAUUCAAUUACCGUACGUGUUAUUCACCUCUCCUGAUGUUGUAGUGAGAGAUGGAAGUCUAGGGUACAAGAAUAUGUUCGAUGUCAUGGUUGAUGCAGUUUACUCCGCAUUGGAAAAGAUUAGUGCAGGUGAUGUUGAGGUGGUGAUUUGUGAGAGUGGGUGGCCGUGGCAAGGAAAUGGUAAUUUCACGAUGAUUGAACUGGCUCAGACCUAUAAUCAGAAUCUUAUGAACCACGUACAUGGCUCUGGUACUCCUAAGAGGCCUUACAAGAAUGUGGAGACAUAUGUUUUUGCACUUUUUAACGAGGACAGAAAGAAUCCAGGGGUCGAACAACAUUUUGGCUUGUUCAAUCCAGACAUGACUGAAGUGUAUCAUGUUGAUUUUUAA